AUGCCUCUGGACCUCAAGAUUAACCUGGACCUAGGAAGCCUUGUAGAUGACUCAAAUACAAACAUUUGUAUUACGGUGAAGACCAAUGGUGCACCAAACACUGGCCCCAAAAAAGAAAACUUGGGGACUCCGAAUUUGUUAUCCAGCCAAGCGACCAUCACCCCCAAAGCAGUGUAUGGGGAAUUAGAUUCUCCUUGUCAAGAUCCUUUUGGUGAAAACAUGGUCAGGACCUAA